UUUGACAGGGGAGGGACUCAGUGCAGCCAGCCGGUAGUAGCUGAAGCAAUCUGUCCUUACACCGGGCUGCGAGUUACUCAGUGUGGGGAAAUACUCGUGGACUAUUACUAAGUAUCCGGCCUUCAUAACAGUGGGGACAAGGACGUUUACUGGCAUUGACAACGGAAACUAUCAUGAUGGCAGUCUUUGGCAGCGCGGGUCGUUUAAUACAAUUUGCCAGGAGCAGCGUCAGUCUGAGUGUCAGGAGACGCUCCACUGCUGCUGCUUUUGCCCAGACUCCAGACAUACAGGACAACAGGAAACCUAAGACUGGCAUCUUGAUGCUGAACAUGGGAGGACCGGAGAAACUAUCAGACGUUCAUGACUUCCUGCGGCGGCUCUUCAUGGACACAGACCUGAUUCAGCUGCCUGUACAGAAACAGCUCGGCCCGCUCAUCGCUAGGCGACGGACUCCAAAGAUCCAGGAGCAGUACAGUAAGAUCGGGGGGGGCUCGCCCAUCAAACACUGGACCUCCAUGCAGGGGGAGGGCAUGGUGAAGCUGCUGGACGAGAUGAGCCCUGACACGGCUCCUCACAAGUUCUACAUCGGUUUUCGGUACGUUCACCCGCUGACGGAGGAAGCCAUCGAGGAGAUGGAGAAGGACGGAGUGGAGAGAGCGGUGGCCUUCACGCAGUAUCCUCAGUACAGCUGCUCCACCACAGGCAGCAGUCUGAACGCCAUCUACCGUUACUACAGCAACAGAGUAGACAGUCCAAAGAUGCGCUGGAGCGUCAUCGACCGUUGGCCCACACACCCUCUGCUGGUGGAGUGUUUUGCAGAACACGUCAAAAACGAGCUGCUGAAGUUUCCAGAGGACAAGAGAGACGACGUCGUCAUUCUGUUCUCCGCACACUCGCUUCCUAUGGCUGUGGUAAACCGAGGCGACCCGUACCCUCAGGAGGUGGGGGCCACAGUUCAGAGAGUCAUGGAGAGACUGGGGCACUGUAACCCUUACAGACUGGUGUGGCAGUCCAGGGUGGGGCCCAUGCAGUGGCUCGGCCCCCAGACGGACGAUGUGAUUAAAGGCCUGUGUGAGCGAGGGAAGAAGAACAUCCUGCUGGUGCCCAUCGCCUUCACCUCGGACCACAUCGAGACCCUGCACGAGCUGGACAUCGAGUAUGGACAGGUGCUGGGGCAGGAGUGUGGGGUGGAGAACAUCAGGAGAGCAGAGUCGUUGAAUGGAAACCCUCUGUUUAUGCAGGCUCUGGCUGACCUGGUCAACUCCCACCUGAAGUCCAACAUGUCCUGCUCCCGUCAGCUGACCCUCCGCUGCCCCAUGUGCACCAACCCCACCUGUGGAGAGACCAAGGCCUUCUUCGCCAACCAGACGCUCUCAUAGAUAAACACACACACACACACACACACACACACACACACACACUGGUGCCCAUCCAGCAGCAAUCUACCUGUAAAGAAACUGAGGACUUAUUAAAUAACAGAAAACUCACACACACCGUCUAACCAGCUAAAGUGUCCGUAAAUAAUUGUAGAAAAUAACAUAAAGAAAUGGACGUUGAGACGUUUGGAGUUAAACCACUGGAAGUACCUUACCUUAAGGGAGAAGUAUGUAAUAAAUAUAUAUAUAUAUAUAAUAAAUGACAAACAA